UCGGAGUUUGAUAUUAAUUCGGAACAGGAACAUUACUUUUUAGCGCACCAUGGUGUUUUUAAAACGUCUGGUGACACGGAUAAGAUUCGGGUUGUUUUCGACGGUAGUGUUAAGACAACUACUGGGGUUAGUCUUAAUGAUUGUUUGUAUUCGGGAGAAAGGUUACAAAAUGAUAUAACUAAAAUUAUUUUAAAUUUCCGUUUACCUCGGGUGGUGUUUACCACUGAUGUAAAGAUGAUGUUUCGGAUGACCUGGAUCCAUCCCCAGGAUCGUAGGUAUCAAUUGAUUUUAUGGCGGGAAAGUCCAGCUGAUCCCAUUCAGAUUUUUGAACUUACUACAAAUACUUACGGUCUUAAGUCGAGUCCUUUUGUAGCGAUACGUUGCUUGCACCAGUUGGCUGCUGAUGAGCAGGAACGUUUUCCCAGGGCUGCGAAGUUACUGAUAAAUAAUUCUUAUGUUGAUGAUCUUAAUGGAGGCGCAGACACGGUUGAGGAAGCACAGGAAAUUAGAGACGAGUUGAUACAGCUGAUGAAGACGGCAGGUUAUGAGCUGCGAAAAUGGUCGUCGAAUGAACCUCGGCUCCUCGCUGAUUUUCCUGAGGAUUUCUGCGAGACACCUCGUUGUUUUGAGGAUAAAGACACUUUCGGUUUUAUUAAGGUCUUAGGAAUUCAGUGGAACCCUUCAUCGGAUGCGUUUACGUACAGGGUAAAUAAUUUACCUUCGGAACAGUCGCCAGUUACUCGGCGCAGUAUACUUUCUUCCUUGGCUAGACUUUUUGAUCCGUUGGGAUGGAUAUGUCCGGUGGUUUUUCGAGCCAAACUGUUAUUACAAGAGCUGCUCAGUGACGGAGCUAAGAGUGUGGAGUGGGACGCUCCAGCCCCUGAACACUUGGUUAAGAAGUGGAAUGAUCUUGUUUCGGAUCUACCGAAUUUACAGAGAAUUUCAAUUCCACGGUGCUUGAAGUCUGCUAAUGACGUCAGUUAUUCUUUACACGGUUUUUGCGAUGGGUCGUCGUUGGGAUACGCGGCUGCAGUUUACUUACGGUCGGAGAAUAUUCACGGAGAAGUUUCGGUUCGGUUAGUGAUAGCUAAGUCUCGGGUUGCCCCCCUAAAAAGCAAAAUGACUAUACCACAGUUAGAACUCAGUGGCGCAGUACUUCUUGUUUCUCUCCUACAUCACGUUUUCUCUGCGUUGAGCGAGCUUUCUAUUGAAUUUUCGGAAGUUAUUGGUUGGUGUGAUAGUACCAUCGUGUUGGCGUGGUUAAAGACACCCCCACACAAAUUAGAAGUUUUUCAAGGCAACAGAGUUUCUCAGAUUAACAAUGCCAACUUACCAAUUCAGUGGAGACAUGUUUCAAGUGGGUUGAACUGUGCAGAUAUUGCAUCUAGGGGAGCCUCCGCGGCUCAACUUGUGGAGCACCCUCUAUGGUGGGGUUCGGAGUGGCUUUGUCAACCACGUGAGCUGUGGCCUAGUGAUAGGACUGAAGUUCCUAUGGAUUUACCUGGACUACGUGCGAAACACGUUACUAAUAUCGUUGUCGGUAAUGAAACUUUAGAUUUGUUAUUCGGUCGGUAUAGCUCGUUCGACAAGUUAGUUAAUGUCACGGCAUAUGUUUUUCGGUUUAUUAAAAAUUGUCGGCAAAGGUGUCGUCGUAAUUUCGGUAAAAAUAUUUCGGUUUCGGAACGUCGUAGUGCGUUAAAUUAUUUAAUUCGGUCGGUUCAGGAUUCAGAUUUUAAUGAACAUAUCUCGGCAUUAAGGUUAGGGAAACCUAUACGAGAUUCUUUAAGGAAAUUAAACUUGUUUUUGGAUAGUGACGGAGUGAUUCGUGUUGGAGGGCGUAUUCGACAUUCGGGUUUACCCUAUUCAGCUCGUCAUCCUAUUUUACUUUCAAGUAAACAUAGAUUUACGUUACUUUUGGUGGAAUAUUACCACAAAACUUAUUGUCACGUCGGUUCCAAUGCGUUAUCGGCCAUUUUAUCUCGGACUUACUGGAUACUUUCUGUUCGUCGGUUGACACGGACUGUCACGUUUCGGUGCGUGCAAUGCUUUAAGGCUAAGCCUCGUUUAGACCAGCCUUUUAUGGCGGACUUGCCUCCUGAUCGUGUUAGGUGUUCUCGUGCAUUUGAAGGUGUCGGUACUGAUUUUGCCGGACCGUUUAUGAUAAAAAGCAGUUCUUUACGAAAUGCUCGGUUAUUAAAAUGCUAUCUCUGUAUUUUUGUUUGCCUGAGCACUAAGGCAGUGCAUUUAGAAGUGGUCUCGGAGUUGUCGGUUGAGGCAUUUGUUGCGGCUUUUACUCGGUUUACAUCGCGGAGAGGAAUACCGUCUUUGAUGCGAUCCGAUUGUGGAACAAACUACGUCGGGACAAAUAAAUAUCUAAAAGAUCUUUAUGUAUAUUUAAAGGGUCAUCAUGCGGAUUUAGAACGUGAGUUAGUAAAAAGUAAUAUUACUUGGCUUUUUAACCCACCAAGUAGUCCAAAUAUGGGUGGACUAUUUGAAGCGGCAGUUAAGUCUGCAAAGACGCACAUGAAUAGAGUUCUAGGUGAGAGACGGCUCACUUUUGAAGAGUUAACCACAUUUUUUACCAAGGUGGAAGCGGUUUUGAAUUCUCGCCCGCUUUGCCCUUUGAGUGCGGAUCCUUCGGAUUUGGAAGUAUUAACACCCGGACAUUUUAUUAUCGGUCAACCUCUGGUAGCAUUGCCUGAACGUCCGUUCGAGGAAGUAAAUAUUUGUCGGUUGUCACGGUUUCACCAAGUUCAAAAACUUACUCAGCAUUUUUGGUCUAGGUGGCGUGAUGAAUACUUACAUACGUUGCAACAACGUACUAAAUGGACUUCGCAUUCGGAAGCUCCUAAGGUCGGUGAUUUAGUUUUGAUUAAGGAGGACAACUAUCCUCCUCUAAAGUGGAAACGCGCUCGUAUUUUGCGUCUUUUACCUGGUUCGGAUUCAGUUACGCGCGUAGCAGAAGUUAGGACAGGGAACGGAAUUCUGCUUCGGCCCGUGUCGAAGCUUUGUAGGUUACCAUAGGUUUGGUUGGUUGAUAACCAAGGCAGGCCUUGGUUCGGGGGGGAGGAUUAUGUGCACGCAAACUAUACUCAUGGCUGAAAUUUGAAUCUGCCGCCUCGACUUACGCGAGCCGCGGCAUUCCACGCUAUUGGUCGAAACCAAUAUGGCGUCACUCUGUUCGCGCCGACCACGGGGUUCACCACGGAUAAUUUGUUUGCUGUGAAUUUAUUGUGAAGAAACUGUUUAAUCUAUCGGAAAUUGUGUUAUUAAUGUUGGACAAUACCUAAUUCAACUCAGCUGAGUGUUAAGUUGGUGAAUACAACAAGGAACUGUCGGCGGUAUAGGUAUCUCGGUCCCGUGGUUUGGAGCCCGGCGCAGCAGCAGUCAGGUUGGUGGCCUUCUUAUUUCAUGCUGUGAUUAUGUAUAGAUUUGUGUUGCACUGACCACCUUACCAGCCAUGGAUUUAGUCUCUAGCUCUGGUUAUCGAAGGAAUUAACGAACACCCAGUAUGUGAUCGUACCA